CGACGCAUCUUUGAGUCGUGAGCUUUCGCACCUUUCGCUACACCGAACAAGCACCUCGCUCGGUGUCGCGCAACGAGCGCGCAAAUGCCACCAUGGCCGGCGGACUGGAGAAUCUCGAGAAGGAGUUGAGCUGCUCGAUAUGUACAGACGUCUUGUACCAGCCGCUCACGCUCCUCGACUGCCUCCACACCUUUUGCGGCGCCUGCCUGAAGGAAUGGUUCUCAUGGCAGGCUGCCAGUGCCACCAACUCGCACCCUUACACCUGCCCAGCAUGCCGUGCCUCGGUGCGCGCCACUCGCCCGGACGCAAGAGUCACCAGCCUGCUCGAGCUGUUCCUCCACGCCAACCCCACCCGUGGCAAGACCGAGCAAGAGAUGGAUGACAUGCGCAAGGUCUAUAAGCCCGGAGACAAUAUACUGCCCAAGGUGCGGCGAAGGCCCGAUCCGGACGAGGAGCAUGACGCCAGGAUUGUCGACGACGUGCUCCAGUUGAGCCUCGAGGAAGCUGGCAUUUCCAGCGGUAGGCUGGAUUCGCCACGAGACCGCAGGAGGAGGGAACGCAGCCGGGACAGCUCCGACAGGGAAGACAGGCGCCGUAGAGCGCGGGAUGCUUCGGCCCUCUCGAGCACUGCACGAGUCGGCGCCAGGUCAGCCAGUCGUGACACGUCUCCAAGGCCGCCCUCACGCCACAUUGAACAUCAGUCCAGCCUUCGCUCUCUGCUCAGCAUAUCUGAUUUCGACUCGGAGGAGAUGGAGACGGAGAUUAUGCGACAAAUUAGAGACGAGGGUUUGUUGGACGGCAUUGACCUUGAAAACCUAGACGUCGCGCAAGAAGAAGAGAUUAGCGAGAGGAUCGCACAAGCCUUCAGACGCCGGCAAAGAGACAGAGAACGCGCAAGAGCCAGACAUGACAGAUCCCGCAGUGAUAGCACUAAUUCCGUCACACGCCAGAUGUUCGAAGAGGAACGUCCUCAUCCGAGGAGACAGCGUUUACGCACCGAAAGUGCUAUUCCGCGGCCCGUCUCCCAGAACUCUAGGCCACCGGUCUCCAGGCCGCACCUGUUUGAUGUCGUCAACCAGGACACAGACCAUCACAGGCGGUCCUCCAGCCAAGGCGGUGGCCGGACAGCCGGUGCUCGCCGACACCAUUCUAGAGGGCUGUCCACCGAUGGGUCUCAUCCUUCUCGGCCGGCAGCCCGGUCAGCUGUAGAGCUUUCAGAACGUCCCCAGACUGCACGGUCAAGUGGCGAAAGGCACCGGCGUCUGACGGCAGCUGACCGCAGGAUUACUGAUCCGGAGCAGAACCCGCAUCACUCGGAUACUGCUCUUUUACCAAGGCCGGUGACCCGGUCUAGCGACAACUCCCCCAGGCGAGCUGCAUUCACUGCCGCCAUUACGGCGAGCCCGCAGCUUGAGACUCCCGAGGCCGCCAGAGCUGCUUAUGCGAGACUUCAGGAAUCGCCCGAGUACCCGUCAACAGCACGUCACAUUCGUGCGUUGAAUAAUAGCUCACCGCCGCUUGCCCGGCCACUUGAAGCGGUAAUUCCAGACUCCCGGCCAUCCUCGUCUUCCGCGGCAUCCCCACGACCUCCAUUGUAUGCAGAACCGUUGAUAUGCUGCAAUCGCUGCGGUAAGGAACACAUCGAGUAUGAGCUGCAUUUCAACUGCUCUAAGUGUAAGAACGGUAAUUACAACGUCUGCCUGCGCUGCUAUCGUGCGGGUGAAGGGUGCCUUCACUUUUAUGGUGUCGGCUCAGCCGCUUUAAGAAAUUAUGAACGACGGGCACCGCCGGAGGGCUACCCUCCCGGAUAUGAGAAGCCCCACGUCCUUUCUGGCCAUUGUUUCGAGAAGCCAAGACGGGACCUGGUGAACUCGGUGACCGCCGACGGCCGUGCCUUGACUGAAGAAGACCCCACUCAGCGGUUGCAGGCCGGCGUCUUCUGCGACAUUUGCCUCGCCUUCACCAACAGCUGCUACUGGAAAUGCGACACGUGCAACGAAGGCGCCUGGGGCUUCUGCAACAGCUGCGUAAACCAGGGCCGUCACUGCACACACCCCCUCCUCCCGCUGCAGCACGUACCCUCCACUCCCCAUGCAAACGGCACCUCGGGCCCGCCGACACCGACAGCGGCCUCCGCCUCCGCCAACGCGAACACUGCCAGCAGCGCGCUGACAUCGCUCACGCACGGUCCGGACACGACCACGCUCAGCGGCAAGCUCUUCUACUCGCUCUCGUUCCUCACGCACUGCGACCGCUGCCGCUGCCUCAUCCCCCCUAAUUUCUCACGCUACCACUGCCAGGCCUGCAACGCCGGCGACUUUGACAUUUGUCUGAGCUGCUACCACGGCCUCGUAAGCGGGGGGCGCAUCGCGCCGGAGAACGGGCAGCACGGGUGGCGCCGCUGUCCGCGCGGGCACCGCAUGGUAGUGAUAGGUUUCGAAGACGGAGCGGCCGGCCAGCGCCGCGUCGUCACGCACGACCUGGUCGGCGGGCUGGCGUUCAGAGACGAGGACGUUGCCGCCGCGGCCGCAGACUGCAGCAAACGCCGCGCUGGGGGCGAGGAGGGCAGAGGCAGCCCUGGUGCUGCAGAGGCGACGUCGCCGACCCCCCGCGCGCUGACGCCUGCUUGGACGUGGCAUGAUGGCGACGGCAUGGUGCGCAAGGCGCGCACGUCGCGCGGGUCCUCGGCGGCCGCGAACGCGGGCACCGCGCGCAGCACUGCAGCAGCAGCGGCCGCGGCGGCAGGCGCAGCAGCAGCCUCCGCAUCGGUAUCGGAUGCAGCGGCCGCGGCGUCAGCCAGCACGACCUCCACAACCGCGCCCUCUGCCUCGACCUCUGCCACAGCAACAGCAACAGCAACAGGCACAACAUCCUCGUCCUCCUCGUCCACCUCGUCCUCAAAGUCCCCCCGCCCCCCGCCCCAGCAGCGCCUCCUGCCCCCCAACGGCGGCGUCGGCAUCCGUGCUAUAGCGCUCUGGGGCUAUUUCCCACGCGAGGGCGUGCAGGACGAACUCAUGUUCCCGCGGGGCGCGGAAGUGCGCGAGGCCGAGGAUAUUAAUGGCGAUUGGUUCUGGGGCGUGUAUGCUGGGGCGAAGGGCCUGUUUCCGGGGAAUUUUGUUAGGGGGGUUGGGGUCGUGAGCUAGGUGGUGGUGUUUGGGUGUUUUGGGAGGGGGU